AUGUUGAAGACGGCAUCGGCGCCCUCCCCCCAGGCAAUGGCGUUGGUCGCACGAAGACUCUCGCGACAGUUGCCGUCCACAGUCGCCUCUGGGGCACCACUGAUAUGCAGCCCAGCUCAACAAAGUCGAGGCUUCCGCUUCGGUCCAUGGUCAUGCCACGGCGACCCAGCCACGGCGAAUGAAGCCCGUCGCCGCCACCGACGGUAUAGAUGCAUGGAGCUUCUACAACGGAAUCUUUCAUGGGAUAAUAAUCACCUUGAAAGCAUUUCCAAGGCCGGAACGAAAGGCCCGAUGGCUGGUGAUGGUUUGCCUCCCAACUGGCCGCCGUCGGCUGCUCGUUACGUCAAGAUGGAUGCUGUCAAGUCCUGGUCGUCUGACGAUGCCUCGGGAGUGCGCCCAGGGAGGAACAUCGAAGACGUUGAGCGGGAAGCCAUCGACCAUCUCUUCACCACUCGUGUAAGCUGUCAUCGUCCAUGGUCGCCACUUCGCGAUAUCCGCCGUUACCUUCUCCCGCACUCGCAACCCACCACACGCUCUCAUUCGAAGCGAGUUGACUUGGUCGAGCCCAUCACAAACCGCAAGAGGUCCUCGGCACAACCGGCAACAGAAAACAUGUCUGACAGCAAGGCUGGAACCGUCGACUCGCUGAAAAACUCGUCAGCGCCCCUUCCCAAUGCCCAGACAUGGCAGAGGCAGGCCGCUGCGGGAAGUGCCAUCCGCUACACCGACAACGGUAACGGCAAACCGGCCGAUGGGAAUAUUUCAGAACAGGUCCCCACAAUCCACAACAAUAGUGGCAAGCACAGAUCGGCCAAGUUGGGCAGCUCGAUCAGUUCACGGCCCUCGAAUGCCGACGGUGCCACUAAGCUUUUUGAUGAUCUGGAAAAGUACAGGCCCAUUGCCGAGAACCAGCCAAACGGACUUGCAAGUGGGAGAACGGAGGAGCGCUUAAACCACAACGACGAUCUGAAAAAGUAUCGGCCUAUUGGGUGGGAUGAGCCUGAUGGCGUGGCAAGGUUCACACCCGGCGAGCCGUCAAAAGCGCAGGGCCGCCUGCAACGAAACGAGCCAGAUGCCGUGGGAAAGCUCACUCCUGAGGAGGAAACCAAAUACUACGAGGAUCUCGACAAGUACGAAGGCUUUGUUGCUACCGAAUUCAAAAGAUCACCUGUCGCAAGCAAAGCAGAUGAACGUGGAAGAAAGGAAAACACCGGCAAGCAAUACGACGACCUCGACAAGUACGGUCCAGUACGUUGGCAUGAGCCGGAUGGCCUCCAAGACUUGACGCCGGAAGAGCUCUCUAGGAAAUACAAGGAUCUAGACAAGUACAGGCAGUACGACAAUGACGACCCGUCGUCGCCUAGAAUCCAAGCAGCCGAGGACGUUUCUAAGCAGUACGAGGACCUGACUGGGUACGAUUCGUUUUCCAACACGGGACCGAUGACGGAACGAAUCCACCCAGAGCUGACCUCUAGGACGUGCGAUGAUGUCGAAAAGCAUCCCAGUGCUGGUCGUGACAAGGUCGAAACAAUGAAGGCACAGGCUCGCUCGGAGGGCCUGGCAACGCACUUUGACGGCAGUGGAAAUUACAAUAGCCGGAGGCUCGGCUCUCUCAGCCGACGGUAUCCCAUUGACUCUGGCGAGGCGACCAAGUUCUAUGCAGACCUGACCAGUCACAUGCCCGUGAUGACUCAUGCCGAGCCUGCCAAUUCGUCAGACGUGAGCGACGCGUGCGACGCGAAAAACAUGGGUACAUUUUCGACGUCCACAACAAGCACUCUGCGUCAUUGCUCAAGCAGAAGUUCAGCGUUUGCCGGCACCGGCUCGGAUACAAUCAAGCAUAGGACAGCGGAUGAGAUUCGGUCCGAGGUGCUGCGAAAAGCGCGGCACAGCAGUCAACAAUUGAAGUUGCAACGAGAUAAAGCCGAACACGAGCUGAGCUGGGAUGCGGCGUCACAAGAUGCGCAAGCCGCCAUCCGCCAGUGGAAGAGCAAGAAGUCGCACGCUCCGACUGGCAGCUAUGGGCGUGACGUUCCCGAGGACCGUUACACCUCAUGGCACACAACAACUCGUCCGUUAAAGCCAUCGAUGUACCCAAGCAACGGUGGCGCUGCGGAAAGUGACGAGCCUGCAGCAUCUGGCACGCAUAUGGGGGAUGUGGGAGCCAGCUCGAUGGAUGAGAGUUUCCCGACCGAGUCCUCGAUGCUGCAGCACGCCUUGGACCGUGGAGCGAUGAGACGUGUCGCGUACACGGAGGAAGACUCGUACUCGAAAACGCCACAGGGAUUGCAGACAAGCUACGCCGACGAGUGCGCGGGACGUCCCACCUGGCCCACGUUCGAGAAGCAUCACAAGGCAAGGGGGGCGGGGGGGCGCAAAGGGGCGGCGGUGACGGAGGGCGAGCGACGUGUGCUGUACAAGGUGCUCGCAUACGAUUCCUCGACGCAAAGCGUUCGGAUUGGCGAAACGACCUCGAGCGUUGCGGCCGAGUCGUCAGAGUCGCCCAGCGAGGUUCUGCUCCGGCUCUCCAACCCGUCCAAGUUCCUACCCUACUUCUCCUCGCUCGAGGAGCAAGGCUAUGAGAUGACGUCGGGUGGCGGUGACGUGCUCGUCUUUCGCAAGACGAGGGCGGCAAGGCGAUCAUCGGUGAAUCCCAUCGACAUGAUGGGCAGCCCCGUGACGGGCAACUUUGCGAGCCCGACGGGCUUUGUCAACUACGACGGACCCUCGGGCGAGGAGGGCAGCAAGCCAGCACCUCCCUUUCGACAGAGCCAAGGCGGGAGCAAGGACGAGGCGUGUGGCGGCGAAAGGAUGGCCAAGAGAAAGACCAAGAGGAGCGUCGGACGUAAGCUUGUGAUGGGAGCGGCAUGGGUGACGGGAAUCGCCUACGCGGUAGGCACUUUGAGCGAAUAUUAUUCCACAAGCGGGCUGGACGGCAUGGGAAGGAAAGGUCACUAG